AUGGGUUUUAUGAGAAGCACUGGUCUUGAACGUGUUUUACGUGAUUUACGUAUAUUUCGAAUAUUUGAAGGUGCCAAUGAUAUUCUUCGUUUAUUUAUUGCUUUAACCGGUUUUCAAUAUGUUGGUUUACAUUUACGUGAAUUACAAAAAGCAGUUAAAUAUUUUAAUUUUAAUAUUAUUGUUGGCGAAAGUUCCAAACGUUUACGUCGUGGUAUUGGUAUAACACCAGGUUCAAAUAUAAAUGAAUAUAUACAUUCAACACUUCAUCCAUCCGGUUUACUUUUAUCAAAAUCUAUUGAUUAUUUUGGUAUAGCUAUUGAACAAAUUCUUAUUAAAUAUGGUAAAACAAUUCGUGAUGAACAAUUUAUUACUCAUCGUAUUGGUGAUAUAACUAUUGAUUUAUAUUCAAUGGUAGCUUGUUUAUCACGUUGUACGCAAUCAUUUCAAAAUCAAAUACCAUCAGCUAUACAUGAAUCAAAUUUAGUAAGAAUUUGGUGUGAAGAAACUUACGAUAAAAUUAAGAAUAAUAUUAAUCUUAUUCAAAAUUCAGCUUUUAUUGAAAGAACAAGAUUAAUGACCGAAUUAUCUCGAGAAAUUGUUGAUAAAGAAUCAACUGUUCCUGUACAUCCAUUGGGUUUUUAA